GUAACCUAGCAUUUGAAUUCAACAAGAAACGUGCAGUGUUAAAUGAUAUCAACCCUACUAAUAUGUCAAAUACGUUCAGAACUUUCAUACAUGGAAAACAUGGGAAUGAGAUUGCAUCUGAAUUCUCACUGAAAGUAUGGCAAGCUGAAUUUUGAAUUUGAUAGUUGUUCACCGUAUAUUGUGCCUUCUCCCAUGGAUAUCUGGGUUGUGCAUGCAAAAUGGAGGAAUAUGACAAGGAUGGACAGUUCUAUUGACGGUGUUUCUAUUCAGGUUCGAUGGAGGCCAUUCUUCCUUGCAUUCAUUCUACCAAUACUAUUCUCUGCCUCAUUUGGCCAAGUUUCCUGUCCUAAUGAUUGGAUUAUUCGAUCGAGAUACUGCUAUAAACUCUACAAUGAAAGUUUGUCAUGGCAACUAGCACGGUCACAGUGUAAAUUUGAUGGAGGUUUCUUGACUUCUAUAGUCAACAGACAGGAGAAUGACUUACUAGUAGCGAUGUUCAAAGAUCUGACAUCCUUAGCCUGGAUAGGAAUGGAUUCUACGGGACGAUGGUUGGAUGGAUCGAGUUCUGAAACAUUCUACAACGGCUUUAGAUAUGAAACGCUAAGUACGAGCAUGUGUUCAGUAAUUGAUCUUGAAAGAAAUGGAAUAUGGAACGUAUCAGAUUGUCUUGAUUCUAGACUCAAAUUCAUCUGCAAGAUAGAUAAAGAUCGCCCCGAUGAGACGCCAUUUCUUCCUCCAACCCCUCCUGAAGAUAAUGAUGAUGAUGAUGGUGAUGAUUACUAUGAUUAUUAUGGACUCUAUCCACCAGGAGCACCUUGGGAUGCAGAAAGAAUCACGUUAGUAGUGGUCCCCCUCCUGGUCGUUUUGGGCAUCAUUCUGUUCAUAUGUUCCGGACCGAAAAGAUGUGAGCGUUUGUUAACUAGCAUCGGCAACUGUUUAUGCGACUCGCCGGGUCGAUUGUGGGGCUGCAUAAGCCGCGAGCUAGCACAGAUAUAUGAGUGGUUGUGUGUUUUAGGACGGGCUAUCCAGUCAUGCUUUGCCUAUAUUUACCGAUGUGCAACCUGCAGAGAAAUGCGUAGAAAGCGACGCGAGAGGAGGGAAAGGACACCAAGUCGUGAUCCUGAAUCACAGGAACCUCUAAAUCAGGGUCCAGUUACCCGCGGUCGUACUGAUCAAAAUCAACAGCCGUCGAUUAAUCCAUCAGCACCCCCAUAUGAGCCACCAGCACGGGUCGGUAACGUAACCUCUGAUCGGUCAUUACCGAUGCUUUCGCGUAUGACACCAACAGCGCCCCCACCGUCAUCGCCUCUGUCGCGUGGAGACAGAACAGCGCCGCCAGCCUAUGGCAAUGCUAUGGAUUCAAAAUUUGAUCUUCGACCAACCGAUAACCUAGAUGAGACUACGCCAGCACCGUCCUACGAGUCAGUAUCUAGAUUAUGAUUCAGUUAGAACAUGUAGAAUUCAGUAAUCACGUCAUCAUGGUGGUCGUGCAUGAAUAGUCUCGUAGAACUGUGUCACCUGUGUGUGGUUAUAGUUACAAUAAAAAGAAAAAUGGCGUCGCUCGAAAAUUAUUAAUGUUUACGUUAUAUUUCUCCGAUAGUAUAGUAUACCGCAACUCCUUUCGGAGUCCUCGGCCCUUCUAUGGAAAAGUCAAGAAUUGUGACUUAAAGCCCGGUCUAAGUAGGACAAAGGAAAGUAAGUCGUACACUCUAAAAGCUGCGGUGUUAAAACUGACAUUAAUUGGUGUUAAUAGAGGACCACAUCCUGAGGUGUUAAAAUCACACCCUAGA